CAACGUCAUCAACGUAACUCGGACACCCGGAAGUGGAGUAAAAUGAAACAUGUUUUGAAGUUAGCCGCGUCUGUGAGCAAAUAGAUUCAAAUUAAACUCCGUAUUCACCGCACCGAGUGACGCUGUACUGUCGGCGCGAUCCUAAAGAUGAGUGUGAGUGAAAAAGAAAAGGACCCUGCAGCCCUGAGGGAGGAGGGGAACACCCUGUUCAAGGCAGGAGACAUGCAGGGUGCUGCCUGCUGUUACACCAAAGCACUGAAGCUGAGUGAAAAACAGGCAGAGAGUGCUGUCCUGUACCGCAACCGCUCUGCCUGCUACCUGAAGCUGGAGGAGUACAACAAGGCAGAGGCUGAUGCGUCCAAAGCUCUUGAUAAUGACCCAGGUGAUGUGAAAGCCAGGUUUCGGAGAGCUCAAGCUUUCCAGAAACUCGGUCGGCUUGACCAGGCCUUUCUGGAUGCUCAGAGGUGUGCUCAGCUGGAGCCCAAAAACAAAGCCUUUCAAGAUCUGCUCAGACAGCUGGGAGCACAGAUCCAGCAGAAGUCAGCGCAACUCAACUCCACAGAUGCUCGUGUGCAGCAAAUGUUCUCCCUCCUCCUAGAUGCAUCUGCAAAAAACUCAGAUCGGCAAAAGGCUGCUCAGAAUCUAGUCGUAUUAUCUCGAGAAGAUGCAGGAGCUGAGCAGAUUUUCCGUAACGAUGGAGUGAAGCUGAUUCAGAAACUUCUUCAGUCAAAGCAAGAGGAUGUUGUCCUCUCUGCCCUGAGGACCCUGGUCGGGUUGUGUACUGGGCAUCAGUCUAGAACUAUGGCCAUAGUGAAUGAGUUGGGAAUGGAGCAGCUGUGCGCAGUAAUGGGAUCAGGAGCCUCCGCUGUGUCUCUGGCUGCCUGCCACCUGCUGCAGGUGAUGUUUGAGGCUCUGACGGAAGGCAUGAAAAAAGAGAUCAGAGGGAAAGAUGAAGCAAUACUUCCCGAACCCUCCAAGGAGUUACGCUCAAUGUUACGUCACCUCCUGGAAAUGAUGCCAGCAUCUAACGUGUCGGGGCCAGGCAGAGACAGCGCCAUCAACCUCCUGGUCAAACAAGUUCCCCGCAAAUCUUUGAAAAACCCAGAUAACUCCCUCACGUUGUGGGUGAUAGACCAGGGACUAAAGAAAAUCCUGGAGGUAGCUGGGACGGUCCCUGAGCUCUCAGAAGGACCACCUCUUACAGACAAUUCUCACAUGAGCUGCUCCGUGUUGCUUAACAAACUCUACGAUGACCUAAAGAGUGACAAAGAGAGGGAGAACUUCAACAAACUGUGUGAAGAAUAUGUACAGCAGCACUUUAGCCGAUCAGGCCUAGAUGCCAAGCUGCGAGCCAUCCAGACGGUAUCAGUGCUCCUUCAAGGACCGAGCGACGUGGGGAACAGAACCCUGGAGAUGUCAGGAAUGAUCGAUGCCGUAAUUUCCCUUUGCGCCUCCGAAGAUGUAACUCACCAGCAGGUAGCAGUUGAGGCGCUCAUCCAUGCUGCAGGCAAGGCCAAGAGAGCUUCUUUCAUCACAGCCAACGGCGUGGCACUUCUGAAGGACCUCUACAAGAAGAGCGAGAAUGACAGGAUCCGUGUGAGAGCCCUGGUGGGUUUGUGCAAGCUUGGAUCGGCAGGAGGGACAGACUUCAGCAUGAAGCAGUUUGCAGAGGGAUCCACGCUAAAGCUCGCCAAGCAGUGCAGGAAAUGGCUGUGUAAUGAGUCUCUACCCCCAACCUCCCGCCGGUGGUCUGUGGAAGGGCUGGCCUACCUCACCUUUGAUGCUGAUGUGAAGGAGGACUUAGUGGAAGAUAAGAGCGCUCUCCUGGCCAUGUGUGAACUAGCAAAGUCUGAGGAUAAGACAGUGCUCUUUGCUGUGGGCUCCACAUUAGUAAAUUGCACCAACAGCUAUGAUGUAGAGAAGCCAGACCCUCAGAUGGUGGAGCUGGCCAAGUAUGCAAAGCAGCAUGUUCCUGAGGAGCACCCUAAGGAUGCAACUUCCUAUGUGGAGAAAAGACUGGUGAAGCUGCUAGAUGCUGGUGUGGUGUCUGCCUUGGUGUGUAUGGUUAAACAGGAGAGUCCCGCCCUCACAGAGGCUUGCAGGGAGUGUAUUGCCAGGGUCUUCCUGGCUUUGGUGGAACGACAGGAAGAUAGGGGCAAAGUGGUGGCACAGGGUGGAGGAAAGGCUUUGAUCCCACUGGCAUCUGACAACACGGAUGUAGGUAAAAUCAAAGCAGCACAAGCCUUGGCGAAAAUAACCAUCACAAAUAACCCAGAGAUUGCGUUUCCAGGAGAAAGGAUCUAUGAGACGAUACGCCCACUCGUCAGUCUUCUGAGUCUUGAAUGCACCCUGCUCCAGAACUUCGAGGCACUCAUGGCUCUCACGAACCUGGCUGGCAUCAGUGAGAGACUCAGACAAAAGAUCAUAAAGGAGGACGCAGUCCCAAAAAUUGAAGGCUACAUGUUUGAGGAGCACGACCUGGUCAGAGCUUCUUCCACAGAGUGCAUGUGUAAUUUGGUUUUAAGCACAGAGGUGCAGAAGCGGUACCUGGCCACAGGGAGCGAUCGCCUGAAGCUUCUUGUGCUGUACUGCGGAGAGGAGGAUGAGAGACUGCGGAAAGCUGCUUCAGGAACUCUGGCGAUGCUGACCGCUGAACAGCCUGAGAUCUGCGCCCGCAUCCCUGGAACAACGACCCACUGGCUAGAGAUUGUGCAGGCACUGUUGCUCAGCGAAAUAUCCGACUUGCGUCAUCGGGGAGUGGUCAUAGUUCAGAACAUGAUGCAGGCGGAGAAGAGUCUGGCUGAGACGCUCAUGGAGAGCGAAGCUCUGGAGAUUCUUUCUGUCUUGGCGAAGGGAGGAGGGGGCAUGCCGGAAGCUGUCUCCAAGGCAGCUCAGAACUGUCUGGACAAGGCUGUUGAAUACAACAUCAUCAAGACCAGGGGAGAGAAGGAAAACAACGGAGGAAAUGAACCCUGAAUACAACACUGCCGGCCUCUGUAUAUGUCUUCUGGCCAUGUUUAAGUGCUUGGAGUAUUAUGUGGGACCAGUCAUUUCGCUUAGAUGGGUACAAGCUGAUCCUGAAACAUUCACGUCACAAAAACUAAGAAAGGUAUUAAAAUAAGACGAUACUCACAGAAGUGUUUUGUGACAAAGGAGUUGUGAUUGCUGUUUCACAUCGUUUUUCUACUGAUUGUAUUUGAUUUAAUUAUACUGUAUGUUCACAAACCCCCACUGGACCUGCAGUGUAUAUUCCACUUAGAGACAAUAAGGCAUUGCUUGAUAUAUUAUUAAUGUUUCUUUUAUUUCUGUCAUUAUUCUCCAAAAUCCAUUGGCUUUAUUUUCCCAUUUUAUACACACUACUAUAUUUGUUUUCUUCUAUUUUGCCCUAAACAACACACCAAAAACAUUUAAUUCACAUAGUUUGCUUUUUAUUAUUAUUUUUUUAUUAUUAUUAUCACUCCACUACAUUCCCAGUGUCUUGAUUGUAUGGUUUUCUAAAAUGAUGACUGAACACAUGGACAGAAAAU